AUGGGCUCCUUACACGACGGUGAUUGUAAGCCGGUGGGCUCCUAUUCGCCGUCCGGGAUCGACGUUCUCAUCGUCGGCACCGGGCUGGCAGGAUUGACGGCGGCACUAGAAUGCGUCCGCAAAGGACACAGCGUGCGAGUCCUUGAGCGCGAUGACAAUGUCAACACGGCAGGGGACAUGUAUUUCAUGGGCCAUAGUGCUACUACGUGGUUUCGACAUUGGCCCGAACUGGCCAAAGAAUAUGCGUCCAUCUCCAUGAAUAACGCCUGGAUCGAAACCCUGAAGCACGAUGGCGAGCGGAUGAUACCGCCGUUGAAGGUCUCAGAGCGCCUGCGCCAGGAAGGCGCCGACCCCAACACCCCGCCGGGCGCCUUUCAGAUGCGGCCUCUGAUCUACCAGAUGUACUUGAACGAAGUGCAGAGGCAGAAAAUCACGAUCCAGUUUGGCCGCCGGGUGGUCGAUUACUUCGAAGACCAGGAGCGCCAGAGGGCCGGGGUCGUGACGGACAAGGGCGACCGGUUCGAGGCCGACGUCGUGAUCGCCGCCGACGGCAUCGGCUCGAAGUGCCAAAAGCUGGUCGGCGGCCAGGUCAAGGCGAUGAGCUCAGGCAGAGCCAUGUGGCGGGCUGCCUUCCCUAUCCACCUCUUGGACAAGAACCCUGCGAUCAAGGAGUUUCUGCACAUGGUCGGGCCAAACCACGACGAGCCUAUUGUGAGGUCUUGGCUUGGUCCCGGGAUGUACGGUCUGAUUCUGGUUCGACGAGAGACCUGCGUUUGGAUCAUGAACCACGAUGUCACCGGGUCGGAAGAAGAAAACUGGAGAAAUACUGUCGGGUCGGACGACGUCCUGAAUAAUAUGGACAGAGGGCUUUCCACGCCGUGGGAUCCCCGGUUCAAAGAGGUGAUCAAGCUGACGCCCCCGAAUACGAUCGUCAACUUUGAGCUGUUCUGGCGCAACCCGCAGCCGUCCUGGGCGUCCCCAGGCGGCCGCGUGAUUAUCAUCGGCGACGCCGCCCAUUCCUUCCUGCCGGCAUCGGGUAACGGUGCGACACUGGCCAUAGAGGAUGCCAUCUCGAUAGCAACUUGCCUCCAGCUGGCCGGCAAGGCCAACAUACCGGAGGCCGUCCGCACGCACGUGCGGCUCCGCUUCGUCCGCUGCGCGUGCGCCCAGAAGAUGGGCUUCUCGAACGCGGCGCGCCUCCAGCACACCGACUGGAAGAGGGCGAAGGUGGACCCGAAGCUGGCGCAGCCCAAGAUCCCGAGCUGGGUGUGGAAGCACAACCCGGAGGUCUACACGUACGAGAACUACAGGAAGGUGGCGGACGCGGUCAGAAGGGGAACCCCUCUCGACCAAGUCGAAGGCGUGCCGCCGAACUACCCGCCUGGCUACACGUACACGCCGUGGAGCAUCGACGACAUAAUGGAGAGCGUGGAAAACGGGACGGUCGAGCUAGGACCGGGGAAUUGGGAUUAG